AAACGGUCAAAUGUCGAGCACGAGCAACAGCGAAUCGCCACCCAGAUCCAUAAAAAAGACGCGAGGCACGGAGAAGCAGCCGAACGCGGCUGUUUCCAAAAAAGUAUUGAAUGUCCAGAGGAAUUCAGUCACCCCUCCCGUGGACGUACGUAUUUGAGAGCGCGCACAGGAGCGGGCGCUCGCACUCCAGCUCUGCGUUCAGUCCCACGCGCUUCUGACCCUCGCUCCUCUGUGGAAAUUCCUCUUUUGCAGCCGAACAACCCAUAAGCAGCCAUGGAUGCCAUUAAGAAGAAGAUGCAGAUGCUCAAGCUCGACAAGGAGAACGCAUUGGACAGAGCUGAGCAGGCUGAGGGAGACAAAAAGGCAGCGGAGGACAGGAGCAAACAGCUUGAGGACGACCUCCUAGCACUGCAGAAGAAACUGAAGGGCACCGAGGAUGAGCUCGACAAAUAUUCGGAGGCUCUGAAAGAUGCACAGGAGAAACUGGAGCUGGCUGAGAAGAAAGCUGCAGACGCUGAGGGUGAUGUAGCGUCCCUGAACAGACGUAUCCAGCUGGUGGAGGAGGAGUUGGAUCGCGCACAGGAGCGUUUGGCUACUGCCCUGCAGAAGCUGGAGGAGGCCGAGAAGGCCGCUGAUGAGAGCGAGAGAGGCAUGAAGGUGAUUGAGAACAGAGCUCUGAAGGAUGAGGAGAAGAUGGAGAUCCAGGAGAUCCAGCUAAAGGAGGCCAAACACAUCGCUGAGGAGGCCGACCGCAAAUACGAGGAGGUGGCCCGUAAGCUGGUGAUCGUUGAGGGUGAGCUGGAGCGCACAGAGGAGCGCGCCGAGCUCAAUGAGAGACGCCUUCGGAAAUCAGAAGAUGAGCUUCGAGUGUUGGACCAAACCUAUAAGUCAUUAAAGGCAUCAGAAGAACAGUACUCACAGAAAGAAGACAAAUAUGAGGAGGAGAUCAAGGUCCUCACUGACAAACUGAAGGAGGCCGAGACCCGUGCCGAGUUCGCCGAGAGGUCAGUCGCCAAGCUCGAGAAGACCAUUGAUGACCUUGAAGAUGAGUUGUAUUCCCAGAAACUCAAGUACAAAGCCAUCAGCGAGGAGCUGGACCACGCUCUCAACGACAUGACUUCAAUGUAAUUGAUCUGCGGUCUCUGCCUGUGCCUGUGCCCCUCCCUCAUUACCCAUAAUCCCCCUCUCACCCGCUCUAAACCAGGUCUUGGAUCCUCAGUUCUUCACCUCUAUCUCUGUAACUCUACAAGGCUUAUGGUUCCUGUAGUGCAGUUUGAGGUUUUUGAAGUAUUUAGUUUAUUUGAGAUUCAUCUAUGAGUUAAUGUGAAGACCAUGGCUUGUAGAGUCAGUGUAUAGGAGUUUUGUGAUUUUGAAUUCAUAACUAUUGUGUUACUUUAAAUAAUCUUGUGUGAAAACAAAACUACUUAAACUUUGGUUCAAUUUUUGCUACUAAGGCUGGGUGAUACAGCUUUGAGUUUAUUUCUAUUUUGUUAUAUAAAUGUACAAUUAAAAUAUUUGUAAGAUAAUAUAUAUUAAAUUUAUAAAUCGAAAAAAUAUAUAUUUAAUUAAAAUAUUGAAAUGUUUGAGAAAAAGUUUUUAUAAAGUAUAACACUUUUUUUUCCCACCAAAUAAAAACUCUGUUUAUAUUAACACAUGUAUGUUGAAAACAAAAUAAAAAUAAUAAUAAUACACGCACUACUGAAAUUUGAGGUCAGUAUAGAUGCUUAAAUUAAAUGUUUGAAAAUGUAUAUUAUUAAUUAUUGGAAAUAUUACUAGUAUUUGAUAUUUUUCUUCAGUAAGGAUGCAUUAAAUUGUUUACUCUUACUGUUCUUUUGAACCAUUUAAAGGAACUUUAAAAGAUUAGUGAAAAAUGUAUUUUAUUUACAUUUUUUACAAGAAUAUUAAGCGACAAAAACUGUUUGCAACAUUAAGAAAUGUUUCUGAAGGAUCGUGUGACGCUGAAGACUGGAGUAAUGACUCAAAAAAAAUUAGCAUUAACUUUUAUUUUAAACUGUAGUAAUAUUUCAGUCUUUCAAAAACAGUGAAAUCUUACCAACCCCAAACGUUUCAAAAGAUAGUCCAUAUUUUUAACUAAUGUCUGUGGAAAAAGUCAUCACAAGUGUUUAAAGUGAUUCAUAAAAGCGAUGAAAUGAAUUUCCUGAUAUUGUUGCUAUUCUGGCUUUAUAAAUCCAUCUAAUCUCAAACUCAUUUAAGUAGCUUUAUGAAAGUUAACAAUAUUCAGGAUGUUGGUUAAUUGUGUGGACUAUAUCACCCAGCCCUACACUCUUAAAAAUAAAGGUGCUUCAAAUGUUCUUCAAGCGAUGACAUCAUAGAACCUUUUUGGUUCCACAAAGAACCAUUCAGUCAAAGAUUCUUUAAAGAACCAUCUCUUAACUUUUUAAGAUCUGAAGAACAUUCUUUCGCCACAAAGAACCUUUUGUGAAACAGAAAGGUUCUUCAGAUGUUAAAGGUUCUUUAUUGAACCAUUUACACAGACAGGUUCUUCUAUGACAUGGUGAAGCACCUUUAGUUGUUAAGAGUGUACUGGCAGGACUGUGAAGUCUCGCCCCCCAAGCAUGAGAUGUUGAUUCAGAAACGCACUGUGUUUUUCCAGCGGGAAGCGUUUCGUGCUCCGUGACUUCCUGUGUGUGCUGUUUUCUCUACUAACAAGGUCUUCUUCUGUUCAGAAGACAGGCCCAAAGCCUGCCGUGUGGAGAUGUUUGUGAUCUGGUGUGAUGUUGUGUCUCAUGCAGUAGUUGUUUAGGAGCGUGAGCUGCUUGGUAAGUCAGCCGUGAGGCAUUCGUCAGGGAUCUAGUGUGAGCCGGAUAAAGUCUGGUAUCAGAGAUUAACAGAGACCCUGUCAAAUAAAUAAUCACUGUGGAUCCUGUCUGUGGUGGUUUCUUCCCUCUUCUUGUGUUUGAUGGCUUUCUCUGUCCCUUCCAUCACCUUUUCUCUUACUUUUCCUCCAUGUGCAGAUAAAUUGUUCAUCAAAGACACGUCCCGCCGGCUGAACGACUUCCCUCUGCUCUUUCCAGCCUUUCUUUUCCUCUCAUCCCUCUACAUUGUGUGUUGUUAUCCAUCUAUUCUUGUACAGAACCUUUAAUUAUUUUGGCUUUAUGUAAAACUAUGUAAAUGUCUCAUUUCUGUCCUUUUUGUUCUUUAUUUCCUUUUCAUUUCUUUGUGCUUUUAUUGCCGUGGCUCUAAUAAAGUCAGAAGCACCGGUAGAAGUCCUGGGUUUCUUCUGUGGUUAUUGUAUGAGAUGUAAUAGCGAGGAGAACGUGAGCUCUUGUUUCUUAAUAAAGCCAAUAUUUUCAUGU